ACCUCCCGCCGGGCAGCAUGGCGGACACAGCGCCGCAGCCCAACAAGAGAAAACGCGAACUGGAUGCCGAGGAGGCGGAGGCGCCCAGCACAGAGGGGAAGGAAGCGGGCGUUGGGAAUGGUACCUCUACCCCUGUCCGCUUACCUUUCUCCGGCUUUAGAGUGAAAAAAGUGCUGAGGGAGUCUGCGCGGGACAAAAUCAUUUUCCUACACGGGAAGGUUAAUGAGGCUUCUGGGGAUGGGGACGGAGAGGAUGCCAUUGUGAUCCUGGAGAAGACACCAUUUCAGGUGGACCACGUUGCCCAGCUCCUGAAGGGCAGCCCUGAGCUCCAGCUGCAGUUCUCCAAUGAUAUCUACAGCACCUAUCACCUGUUCCCUCCACGGCAACUGAGUGACGUGAAGACAACCGUGGUUUACCCUGCCACAGAGAAACACCUGCAGAAGUACCUGCACCGGGACCUCCGCCUGGUCCGGGAGACGGGCGAUGACUACAGGAACGUCACCUUACCGCACCUGGAGUCCCAGAGCCUCAGCGUCCAGUGGGUGUACAAUAUUCUCGACAGGAAGGCUGAAGCUGAGCGGAUUGUUUUUGAGAAUCCAGAUCCCUCUGACGGCUUUGUCCUCAUCCCCGACCUCAAGUGGAACCAACAGCAGCUCGAUGACCUGUACCUGAUUGCCAUCUGCCAUCGCCGGGACAUCAAGUCGCUUCGGGACCUCACCCCAGAGCACCUGCCACUGCUCAGGAACAUCCUCCAGGAGGGGCAGGAAGCCAUCCUGCAGCGCUACCAGGUGGCGGGAGACCGCCUUCGCGUGUACCUGCACUACCUGCCCUCCUACUACCACCUGCACGUGCACUUCACCGCCCUGGGCUUCGAGGCCCCUGGUGCAGGCGUGGAGCGGGCCCACCUGCUGGCGGAGGUGAUCGAGAACCUGGAGCAGGACCCCGAGCACUACGGCCGCCGCACCCUCACCUUUGCCCUCAGAGCUGAUGACCCCCUCCUCGCGCUCUUGCAGGAGGCCCAGAGAAGCUGAGUUGGAGAAGAGCACUGAUGUGUAUGGGGGCGGUGGGCAGCCAGAUUUUUAGCACCAAGUGAAUUUUUUUUUUUUUUUAAUAUAUUUUGUACUGGCUUCUUCCCAGCAUGAGAAUAAACUAUCGGUCUCAUUCGGUGUGGA